UGCGCCUAUGGCACCACCUUCCACCGUUCUUUUAGUCUUUUUGUUUUCUUAAGCCCUAAACGCUCCACUGCGAUAUUUUCUUCCUCACCUGAGGUACUCUGCUUUUGAUUCUUAACUGACGUUUUGAAAGCAUUUCCUCCAGCUUUCUAGAGAAAAAUGGAGCGAAAUCAUCUCAACGGUCGGAUUUCACCCUCCACCCCUGCCGAUCGCGGCAGCACAGCUAGAUCCGUCACACCGCCUCUGCAACCCAACUACAGUAGCCGAGCCGUUCAAAUGUUUGGACUACCUUCCUGGUAAAUUCAGAUGGUCAUGUGAUUACCUGAUUUGGAAAGCAAGGAUUUAAUGGGGAGCUACUGGGUGGAGGCGUUGGAACACUUGGCAUCUGUUGAUUUAAUUGAGUUGUGCAGUGAAGCAAAAGUAGAGCGCUGUCGGGCAACUAGGGAUUUGAGAAGCUGUGGGCGCUAUGUGCAGUAUGCAUUGGUCUCAUGUGGGCAUGCUUCCUUAUGUUCAGAAUGUUGUCAACGGUGUGAUCUUUGCCCAAUUUGUAGGAUCCCCAUUCCAAAGAGCACAAAUAGGCUCCGUUGUCGCCUUUACUAUGAGUGCAUAGAGGCUGGCCUUAUUUCAAAAAAAUGCGAUGAGAGAUUUCAUGAGAAAGAUGAGGACAAUCAAUUGACUGCUGAUGUCCAGCGUCUUUAUUCUUUAUUUGAUGUUGCUAUGGAAAAUAACUUGGUUUCUUUGAUUUGCCACUACGUUACAGAUGUUUGUAUGGAUGAAAGUGCUGUGUCUAGCGAUCCCGUCAUUGCUUUCUUACUGGAUGAAGUUGUUGUGAAGGAUUGGAGCAAGCGGACCUUCAGAAACAUUGUAUUUGAACUUCAAGGGAUAUAUAAUCUGGAAACAGAAGAAAUGAAAACUAAGUUGAAUUUUCUUAUGAAGCACUCAAUGCAUCUGGCUGGAUUAUCGAAUGUGCUUGAAGUUUUGGAGUCAUCCUUUAAGGGUAAUCUUUCAGCACAGUUUAAUGAUCUGCAGAUCCUUCAAGAGAGCAUUUUAAAGACAAAACAGCAUCUGGAGAUUAUGAAGUGGUGUAUCAGACACCAAUUUUUGGAGGAUCUAAAGUCUGGUCAUGCUAAUUUUACAUCUUGGUGCUCUGUAGUCCGUGAAAGGAAAUCUGCUGCAAUUAUGCGUUCAUGGCCUGAUGUAGUAAAUCAAUCUGCUGAGUCAAAUAUGCUGACUGGUUCCUUGUUCAUCGAAGAUGCUUUAGCAAAUCUUGAGAUAGAGCAAGAGUACAUACAGGAAAUGGGGGAUGAAUUACAACUUGCAUCUUUGCAGAAAGAUCGUGGAUCAUUUUUUAGGUCUAAGAUAGAGGGAGUGACAGGGUGCUAUCCAUUUGAAAGUCUUCGUGUUGCUGUUGAUGUUCUCUUUUUACAUGGAAGUUCUGAUUUGGUAGUUGCAAAACAAGCGAUUCUACUGUAUUACUUUUUUGAUCGGCAUUGGAAGAUGCCAGACGGAACUUGGAGGCACAUUGUAGAUGACUUUGCAGCUACAUUUGGUAUAAGUAGGCAUGCAUUACUUGAAUCGUUUGCAUUUUAUCUUCUGGAUGACCACACGGAUGAAACUCUAAAGGAAGCUUGUCUUCUUCUUCCUGAGAUUGCAAACUCGUCAACUCAUCCUAAGAUUGCUCAAGUGCUAUUAGAAAGGCAAGCACCAGAAAUGGCUCUGAUGGUCUUGCGGUGGUCUGGGCGUGAUGGAUCACAGAUGGUUUCACUUAGUGAGGCUGUUACUGCAGUUCGGGUGAGGGUUGAGUGUGGACUUCUGACUGAAGCUUUUAUGCAUCAGAGGAUGCUCUGCACCAAAGUCAGGGAAAAGAAGUGGAAAGAUGAACUACCUGAGGAUGCUCCCAGUGAGUUAAAAUGUGCUUGGGAGGACUGGGUGGAGGUACUGGUUACUGAAAUUUGUUGUCUUUGCGUUAAGAGAAAGUUGGUAGACCGGAUGAUAGAGUUCCCUUGGAAUUCAGAUGAAGAGAAACACAUCCAUAAAUGUCUUUUAGAAUGUGCAGUCAAUGACCCGUCGACAACCAUUGGAAGUCUUCUUGUUGUAUUUUAUCUUCAGCGCUACAGAUAUGCUGAGGCAUGCCAAGUUGAUCUCAAACUUCAGAAUAUGGAGCAAGAUUUCAUUUCAAAGAAUUCCGUCAGUGAAGAAGUUUUAUCCAGAAUGAGAUCUAUUAGUCAUUGGAGAACAGGGCUUGUUGCGAAAUCCAUUGAAUUGCUCCCUCAAGUCCAACAGCAGCAAGCAAAGACUGGAAAAAUGUUGUCUGAGAUCUAUAACGUUUCUGGGGAACAAGUUAAAGCGCCUGUCAAGUCUGAUCUUCCUAUGUUAGAAAGGCCAAAGUCAAGCAGUUUGUUGAUUCCCCCAAAUGCUGAUUCUUCUCUUUUUCUGCAGACAAAUCAUAAAACUCCAUUUAACUCAUCAGUCCUUGAAUCUCCAACACGACUUGAUGGAUCCAUCAACAAAUCUCAGUUUGAACUUGGUAACUCUGGCUCUCCAUCAAUUCUCCAAGAAAGGUUGUUCACAACUGCAAGAAAAGGAGUGAAGCCACAAAUGAGCAAUCACAAGAAUGAUAAAUAUGAUAAAACCCCAACUCAUGGAAUUCCUCGUGUUAGUCACAUGAGUGCUGCACCAUUAAAGGAUAUCAGCAGAACUUCAUUGGGAGUUCUUGCUGACAAUGACCUGCAUCAUGGUCCAUUUGAUAGCGACUUACCAGAAAUGGAACAAUAUGGGUUCACUGAGCAACUGCAAAAGAGAAAUCCCCACUAUUCCCUGAAGGUUACAGCUAACGUAAUUGCUAUCUCUGGUGGCAAUGGCGGGUUUCCUACUGAUUCUGUACAGGUGGCUGGUAAAAAGAUCCAUCCUAAAAGAUCAGAUGGACUUUGGGGCACGACUUCUGGAGAUGAUGCUAUGGAUAUUGGUUCAAGUGGUAGAGAAAAGGGGUUCACUGUUGAUGAGGGAAAUGUGAAUGGGGGGCUAAGAUGGAGGUCCGAUGAAUCCAGUGAUGAAGAAGAGGAUAGAGCUGUUAAAUUAGCUUCUUAUACAACUCCCAGAAGAGGGGUUAGAAGAAGUAGGUUUGCUAGAAGAUGAAGAUUGAUGGUGUCCAUUUGGGAAAUUAUUGAGCUGUUGAUAAUCUAUUGUUGCUCCUCGAUAAAAUGUGUGAGCAGGAAGCAGCACGAGUGAGCAGUGAAACAAAGCCUCAAAACCUUUUUCGUUCAAGAGGGCUGCGCUGCUAAGGCGUCUUAGAAGUUCCAUUGAGGUAGAUGAAUACUAUAUAUCAUAUGCUGAUUCAUAGACAAAAAAUGAGAUUGGAGUCAUCUUAAUUUCUUCUUGCCGGCCGAUGAUCAAAUGUGGAUUCUUGGCAUGGGCUGCAUUUUUGUACGAUGUCAAGCAAUUCAGUUCUUGUAUCGCUUUCUUCUUUUCUCUUUAGUAGUUACCAGCAUUUUUGUAACUUGUAAUAUAUAGAUGCCAAUUACCAAUUUUAUGCUGCUUUCUCUGAUGUAAACAUCUUCUGUUCCCUUUUUAUUUGGGGCUGAAGAUGUCGUCCCUCAGUCCCAAAAGGGGUGGAUGAAAAUUUAAAGACAGGAAAGGAAUUGGAAUUGAAACUGCCACCGGUAAUACGAAUGAUAAACCUCCUUAUCUGUAAAA